AUGGCACAGACUGUUUCACCAGUAAUAUAUUCUCCUAACGAUCAACCGGAACUUGUUCAUCCAAAUCACUUUAUUAUUUGGUUAGAUCAACAUAUUGGACAACGUGAUGAAUAUCAUAAAUUAAAACGUUCUUUUACUCGUGCAAUGAAUCCAAAUGAUCGACUGUAUGAAGGCAGUCUCGUCAAUGACAAUAUUAAUCGCAGUAUUCUCGACAAUGACGAUAUUGAUCGUAGUAUUCUAUUAGAUACACCUCUUCUCGUUCAACUUGAUGAUGUUGAAUUUAUGUUUCAAGCUUUCAAUGAUAUUGAAAAAUGUUUUAACAUUAUAGAAAAAAAUCUUGACAAACGUAUUUUUCUUAUCACAUCUGGUUCAAAAGGAAAAUUUCUUAUACCAAGUCUCGUCAUAAAUUUUCCAAAAAUAUUUAAAGAAGGAAAUUGGAUGUAUGUAUUUUGUGCUAAUAUGAAUAUGGUACAAGUUGGAGAUAUAAAGCCAACGAAUGCAUGGGCAAUGCAUUAUCUAGAUCGCAUUUUAAUGUUUGAUCAUGAAGAUAAUCUAUUAGCUCGUAUGGUAUUGGAUAUGGCAAGUUAUUUUACAACAAAAGCCAAUGAUCUUAAAAAUAAUCAGCGAUAUAAGGAUGCUUAUCAAUAUCUUACUUGGUCGAGACAAAUGCACAAACGAUAUGGACUUCUAACACAUAGAAAUAUGACUGAUGAAUUGAAGAAAAUUGAUCAAGAAAUUGAUACUUUUAGACAGGAAUUAAGAGAAGGACGAUCUGCCGAUGAUGAAGAUGGUUAUGGGGAAGCAUGUGGUGAUUAA